UGCAAAUCAAGAUUAUCAGCUGAUCCAUUUUUCGCCAAGAUCAGUCGCAGUUUCUUCAUGCGAGGUUAAUCAGCGAUGGAUCUGCUGAAAUCUAUAACCCAUCCUGAUGAGGUACUUGCGCUGCUCAAGUACAAGAUUGGUGGCGGUCCCACAAAAUCUAAACAAAACUUGGCCUCGCUGAGCAGUACUGCCAGGACAUGUUAUAAGUACCUUAAUCUGACCAGCAGAAGUUUUGCUGCAGUCAUACAGGCAUUAGAUGGAGAGCUAAGGCAUGCGGUCUGCAUCUUCUACCUGGUCCUGCGAGCCUUGGACACAGUGGAAGAUGACAUGACCAUCCCUCUUAAGGAGAAGAUCCCAAUGUUGCAGACAUUCUACAAGAAUCUUGAAGACACAACGUGGACCUACACAAAGAGCAAUGAGAAGGAUCGUAUCGUCUUGGAAGACUUUCAGUCGAUUGCUCAUGAGUUUCGAAGUCUUUCCAAGUGCUAUCGUGUUGUGAUAUCAGACAUCACUGAUAAGAUGGGCAAUGGUAUGUGUGAGUUUGCUCAGCGAGACGUUGUGACGAAUAAGGACUGGGAUCUGUACUGCCACUAUGUAGCUGGCUUGGUUGGUAUCGGUCUCUCCCGACUAUUCUCAGCCUCUCAUCUUGAAGAUGCCAUCGUUGGCGAAGACACAUAUCUGGCUAACUCCAUGGGACUCUUCCUUCAGAAGACAAACAUCAUCAGAGAUUAUCUCGAAGAUAGUCUAGAAGGAAGAGAGUUUUGGCCAAAAGAGACAUGGAGUAAAUACACAAGUGAACUGAAGAACUUCCAGAAGCGAGAAAACCUAUCGUCCUCCUUACAGUGCCUGAAUGAACUCGUCACCAACGCUCUUCAUCACGUUCCUGACGUCUUGAAAUACAUGUCUAGGCUUCAUAACCAGAGCGUCUUCAACUUCUGUGCAAUUCCUCAGGUGAUGGCCAUAGCUACCUUAGCCGAGUGUUACAACAAUCCUGAUGUAUUCUCUCGAGUGGUCAAGAUUCGUAAGGGUCAAGCGGUCAGCAUGAUGAUGGAAGCAACGAGUAUGGCCAACAUCAGGGCCAUCAUCCAUCACCACACCCAACAGAUUAGCAGGUCAAUACCCUCUAAAGAUUCCUCCGCUGAGUUAACGAGAAAGAUUGUUGAAAUCAACUUGAGCUUGAGUCGAUCUUCAGAGCAGUUAGCGACGCACAGUUUGUAUCCUCCGCUAUAUGUUUCCUUGGCCAUCAUGGUUGUUAUGAUCAGCUAUAGUUAUGGCACUCAGAUACUUCAUUAUCUCAAUUUAUAAGGAAUUCCUAGGAAUUUCCCUAGGAAUUCCUAGGAAUUUCCCAAGGAAUUCCUAAACAAUUCUUUAGCAGGUCCUUAGAAAAUUGUAAUGGAAUUCCUGAUGGUUGUCAUGAUCAGCUAUAGUUAUGGCACUCAGAUACUUCAUUAUCUCAGUUUUUAAGGAAUUCCUAGGAAUUUCCCAAGGAGUUCCUAGGAAUUUCCCAAAUAAUUCCUAAAAAAUUCUUGAGCAAAUUCUUAGAAAAUUGUAAUGGAAUUCCUGAUGGUUGUCAUGAUCAGCUAUAGUUAUGGCACUCAGAUAUUUACUAUCUCAAUUUAUAAGGAAUUCCUGUAGAAUUCCUCAAAAAUUGCCAACAAAUUCCUAAGAAAUUGUUAUGGACUUCCUUAGAAUAUCAGAGGAAUUUUUAAAAACUUCCAAAGGAGUUCCUGAGAACUGAGAAUUUCCCAAGGUAUUCCUGAACAAUUCUAGAGGAA